AUGGAAGCUAAACCAAGUACACAGGUCCUCGUAUUUUUUUUGUUUACUGUUGUGAUAUUAACAAGGGACAUUGAGUGUUACACGUGGCCGAGGAGAAAUACAUACAUGACGAGAUGGGAUAAAGUGAAUUUGGAUGAAAUUCUCCAGAAUAAGAGACUGCUUCACCAUUACUUCAGGUGUCUCAUGGGAGUGGGGCCUUGCCCGCCUGAUGGACAGGAGCUGAAACGAGUUCUACCGGAAGCAUUGGAAACAGCUUGUGCCAAAUGCUCGAAGAGCCAGAAAGAAGGUGCAAUCUAUGUAAUUAAAUAUUUGAGGGAAUACAUGCCAAAGAAACUGGAGAUGCUUGCGAAUAGGUACGACCCAGAUGGAAAAUAUCGUCGACGUUACUAUCAUUCCACAUCCGUGGAUAACAAUACCACGUGAUAUUUUCACCAGGACUUUCUUUUUCGCAUUUUGUAUUCCCUCUCUGUCACGUCUCCGUUCAUUCUGUUUACUAUGAUUUCACAUUUUUGUUUACUUCAGUGUUUUCUACAUUUUAAAAGGUCCUUGUUGAGUUUUAUUUUUGUAUUAUUUAUCUAUUUUAUGUACUCUUCGAUUAUUUAA